AUGAUCGACAUCCAUGCUCAUAUUUAUCCACCUACUAUCCCUAUCGAUUCCAUCUCUCCACUUUUGCAGCGCGCAAAGGCUGCUGGUCUGACCUCACUCCUUUCUGUAUCUGAGAACCUCAUUGAUGCUCGCCAUAUCCUUCGACUUUCGAUUCAACAUCCAAACUUCCUUUUUCCCUGUGCAGGGAUUCACCCUGCACAGCCCAUUCGCGAUGCGGACGGCGCCACUAUCGGCUAUCGCUCUGCAGCCGAGACAGACCUAGAGGGCGUCUUUGAGUUCAUGGAGGAAAACAGCUCUCGUCUCGUCGCCAUUGGUGAAGUCGGUUUGGAUUUUACACUUCCUGUUCUGAACUCACCACACAACGACUCAAUUAGGCUCAAAACACCUGAAGACAUCAAAACAGAACAACGCAAAGUCUUUGCACGUCAGGUACGCUUUGCACUUCAGCACAACCUUCCUUUGAAUGUUCAUUCCAGGAACGCAGGGCAUCAUGCGAUCACACUAUUGGAAGAAUUGGACGCCAAAAACGUGGUUUUACACGCGUUCGAUGGUCAAAUCAAAUAUGUACGGAAAGCGCUGGCUUUAGGGUAUUACUUCUCGAUACCGACAAGUGUCGUCCGGAUACCACAGCAGCAGGCAUUGGCUGUAGAAGUACCGCUCGAGCAAAUGCUACUCGAAUCAGAUACGCCGUGCUUAGGACCAGAGAAAGGUGUGAGCAAUGUGCCAUCAAAUCUCUCGUUUGCUGCACAAGAGAUUGCAAAAAUCAAGAAUUUGGAAUUAGAGACCGUGAUCAAUCAAACAACAGAAAACGCAUACAAGCUGUUCCCCAAGAUCCGUCCACAUUUACCAGCUUUGAGCAUUGUCUAA